GCGCGCUAAAGAGUGAGAGUGAUACAGUGAUGUAUCUGGCUACGUUAGCUAACUGAGAAGCUGCUGUAACACUAAAGAUUUCUCAACUCUUUAAAAGUACAUGUCAGACUUUAUCAACAUAGUUAAGACCCAUUAGAUUUCGUGUAACAAAAAGCGACCCCUACUAGUGAACUUGUCAUGACAGCACUGGAAAGUCAGAGUGGAAGAGGAGGGCUAAUUUUUGGUCCCCCAGGCAUACAUGAAGAUGAAGAAGAGGAGGAAGACUCACCUGUGGUUUUACUGAGUGUUUUAGCCCAGCAGGGACAGGUAGGCCUCUGCUUCUAUGACAGUAAGGACUCCUCGUUACACUACAUGAGCGACACCCCUGACAACUAUGAGCUCCACUUGUUGGCCAGAGUCAUCCAGGAGGUUUCUCCUCAUGUAAUGGUUACCAGUGCAAAGCAGGAGCGCUGCAUGACACGAUUCCUACAUCAACUUGGUUCAAACCCAGACUACAAACCAGAGGUGGUUACUUAUCCAUAUGUUGACUUUGGCCUGGAGGUGGGUAAGCAGAGGCUGCUUUCUGCCCAUCUGCCUUUCCUUCCUGCCUCCAUUUCUGAAAGCGAGAAAAUGUCCUACCUCUCCUCCUGUAUCUCCUUUGACUCACCCCUGAUGCUGAGGGCAGUGGGUGCUCUUCUGAAAUGUCUGGACAGGAGGAGAGUGGGAGUGGAGCUGGAAGACAGCAGUGUUGGAGUUCCUAUCCUACAGUUCCACGCCUACACACUUAACGGUGUUGUUUGCAUUGACCGAGACACCUAUAGUGUACUGCAGAUAUUCAAAUCAGAACUUCACCCAUCAGUGUACAAGCUGCAUUCUGGUGAAAAGGAAGGACUCAGUCUUUAUGGGAUACUGAACCGCUGCAGGUGCAAGUUUGGCUCAAAACUGCUACGCCAGUGGUUUCUGCGGCCAACGCAGGACCUGGCCGUCUUACACAGGAGACAGGAAGUGAUACGCUUCUUCACGUCACCGCGAAACUCUGACGCCCUGAGCACCCUACAGUCCUCGCUACGCAACAUCAGUAACAUACCAACGCUUUUGCGCAGGAUGUCUCUCUCUAACACCAAAGUGACCAACUGGCAGAGUCUCUACAAGACAUUGUACAAUGCGGUGUGUAUCAGGGACACGGUGCGACACCUGCCUCAGUCCGUUCAGCUCUUUCGUGAUAUCAGUGAAAGGUUCUCUGAUGACAUCCACUACAUUGCCUCCCUCAUCAGCCGAGUUGUGGAUUUUGAAGCCAGUGUAGCUGAGAACCGCUUCACCAUUAAACCAAAUGUGGACCCAGCAAUUGAUGAGAAAAAGAGGAGGAUGAUGGGGCUGUCCAACUUCUUGACAGAUGUAGCCAGAAGAGAGCUAGAACACCUAGACGCUCGCAUACCCUCCUGCUGUGUCAUCUACAUCCCCCUGAUUGGAUUCCUGCUGUCUGUCCCUCGCCUGCCCAGCAUGGUGGAGAGAGAGGAUUUUGAGAUAGAGGGGCUUGAUUUUAUGUUUCUGUCAGAGGAACGUCUGCACUACCGCAGUCAGAGGACCAAGGAGCUAGACGACCUCCUCGGAGACUUGCACUGUGACAUUAGAGACAUGGAGACGGCAGUAAUGACACAGUUGCAGAAAACAAUCCUCGAGAGGAGCAACUCCCUUUACACGGUUCUGGAUCUCAUUGCUGAGCUGGACUGUCUGAUGGCCAUGAGCGGCGCCUCCCAAGAGUACGGCUACACCUCGCCCAAACUAGCCAAUCACAGGAGGAUAACAGUUACACAGGGCAGACAUCCGCUGUUAGAGCUGUGCUCUCCUGUGUUUGUGGCCAACUCCUUCCAGAGCUCAGAGUCGCAGGGCAGAGUCAAGAUUGUCACUGGCCCCAACUCGUCGGGCAAGAGCAUCUAUCUCAAACAGGUGGGUCUGAUCGUGUUCAUGGCUCUGAUUGGCUCAGAUGUGCCCGCAAAGGAGGCAGAGAUCGGUCUGGUGGAUGGGAUCUUUACCCGCAUGCAGAGUAGAGAAUCUGUAUCUGUGGGCCUCAGCACCUUCAUGAUUGACCUCAACCAGAUGGCCCAGGCUCUCAACAGCAGUACUGGCAACUCGUUAGUUCUCAUCGAUGAAUUUGGAAAAGGAACUAACACAGUGGACGGACUCUCUCUGCUGGCUGCGUCGAUAUCUCAUUGGCUGAGAAAAGCUCCGGUGGAUUUACCUCAUGUCCUGUUGGCUACGAAUUUUCACAGCUUGCUGCAGCUGGGCCUGCUACCUUCCUCUGGAUUGCUGUCUCUUCUGACUCUAGAGACUGCGGUGGACGGAGAUGAGUUGGUGUUUCUGUACCAACUGAAGGAAGGGAUCUGCCAGUCUAGCUAUGCUGCCAACAUUGCUACACUGGCAGGCUUGCCAACCAGCCUUGUACAGAGAGGAGUGGAGGUUUCUGAACUGUACAGGACGGGAAGGUCUGUCAAACGCAUUGACAACUCCUCGUCCGAUGAGCAGGCAAACAGGUGCAGGUCUGUGGUGGAGAAGUUCCUGAGCCUCGACCUGGAGGACAAAGAUUUGAACCUUCAGCACUUCUUGAAAGAAGAGCUCCUGCCCUCUGCUGGGGAGCUGCUGAACCGCAGCUGAACUGCUCUCUGGCAACUGCAAACACAUUUCUACAGCUCUGUGUCUUAUCCAGCCCACCUGCCUUCCCUCGCCCCGUGUAGCAGCGCUCCCCAAGGCUGCAGUUGGUUUCGGUGGUGUAGCAGGCAUCCCAGAAGCCCAGGUCACAACGGAAACACUUGAGUGACUCCUCCUCUUCUACCAAUCCCACCGACUCCAUGAGCUGCUCGAGCUGCUCGUCCUCCUCACCUGAGCCCAAGGAACACCACCGAGACAGGACAGUUUGAUACCAGACACAAUAAAAGAAGCUUUAUUUAUUUUACUUGACCAUUUCAUUUAAUUCAACUGAGAGUGAAAUUUGCAAGGAAGACCUGACCCAGACUGUAGACAGCUGCAGACAAAACUCAUCAAAACUCAGGCACCAUUAGGAACAGAUAAUGUUAAAAAAGAAAAAUAAGCAAAGAGCAGCGCUUAUACCAGUACAGAUGUCAGAUGAAUGGAUCAAAGGCUUUGGAUUAUUCAGAUUUGGAGGCAUUUAUGUAAUAGCUUGUUGGAUAUAUUCAUUAUUCAGAGGGUGCUGAACGUGUGAAGUGUUUGAGCGCUGUUGAAGGACAUCAAGCCAAAACUGAUGAGCCACAUUCUGCCGAGCACUUAAGCAGCUCAGAAAUAUUUUGUUUAUUCUGCAGCAGUCUGGAAUUUGUUUCUUCGAGUGGAUGACUUGUGUUAUUCAGGGAGUGCUCCAAGUCUUCGGGCUGCAUCGUGUUUUUAUUAACCAGACAGAUACUGGAAUUAAUAGAAAGAGCUGGCUGCAGAACGUGGGCA